AUGCCUGCAAAAUCGGCUACACUUGUGAUACCCGAGCUUACUGUACCACGACCAGUACCAAUCAACGACCACUGGUGGACCCCUUGCUGGAGAGUAUGUCUCGGGGGGUCAAGUGCUAUAAUUGAUUUGAUGGAGCACCACCAAGAGACACAUUUUCAGGAGCACGGUAUCUUGAUUAUACAAGACCGUUGA